AUGUCUGAAACACCAGAAGACACCGUCGCAGCAUUACGCAAAGUCCUAACUGCGGAAACGGAACCCCUCGCACGCAGAUUUCGCGCCUUGUUUUCCCUGAAGCAUGUCGCCUGUAUGAAUCCCCCGGUUGAUCAGACACUACCUGCGAUCGAAGCUAUAGCAGCGGCAUUCACGUCCUCGUCGGAGCUUCUGAAGCACGAGCUUGCAUACUGUCUGGGACAAUCCAGAAACGAGAGCGCCGUGCCCCAUUUGGUACACGUUCUUGAAGAUCGAAAGGAGGAUGCAAUGUGCCGGCACGAAGCUGCGGAGGCCCUGGGCGCUUUGGGUUAUGCUGAGAGUUUGGAGAUUCUGAAGACGCUGAGGGAUGACCAGAGUGAACUGGAAGUUGUGCGAGAAACAUGCGACAUUGCCGUGGACAGAAUUCUUUGGGAAACCUCAAAAGAUGGCAAACAGGAAAAGCUCAAGCCAAGCGACUUUGCAUCUAUUGACCCUGCUCCACCACUUCCGCUGUCCGUGAAGGAACCAUCCAUUUCAGAACUCGAAACAACAUUGCUCGACACUAAACUCCCUCUUUUUCAAAGAUACCGUGCAAUGUUCGCCUUAAGAGAUCUCGCAUCACCGCCUGGAUUGCCAACGGCUGUACCAGCAAUCAACGCUUUGUCAAAAGGACUGAAAGACCCAUCUGCACUCUUCCGCCAUGAAAUCGCAUUUGUAUUCGGUCAACUGUGCCAUCCUGCUUCGAUUCCGAGCCUUACAGCCACGUUGAGCGACUUGAACGAAAUAGGCAUGGUGCGGCAUGAGGCAGCCGAAGCACUCGGAAGUCUUGGGGACGAGGAAGGAGUGGACGAAAUCUUGAAAAAGUUCUUGGAUGAUCCGGAGCAGGUGGUGAGAGACAGCAUUAUCGUUGCCCUCGAUAUGGCGGAGUAUGAGAAGAAUGGCGACAAGGAGUACGCCUUGCUGCCCGCCGUUCCCGUGGCUUGA